UAUUGGUACGCGUUGGGUCUACUCUCCCUUGAGCAAAUAGCAGUUACUUAUAUCAAGAGUUACAUGGCUGCAAGUUUCACUGGCAGCUGACUCGGAGUUUUGUGGAGCUGUCGGGAAAACAUGAGGGCCGUCAGCUGUCAUGCGUCGCAAUAAAUUACAAUUAAUCCUCGGAUUUUGAUCAUGCAUGCAUAUAUUGCAUAUGAUAAUCAAAUUUCACCUUAUCGGAUGGCUACUACGGCAUCAUGCAUGUGGAUCCCAAGCAAGGUUCAUCAUUAAAAGCUCAUUCAUUCUACACCCUGACGUGCUCGCCUUCUACAUCUAAAUGUCCAGCACAACUGAUGAUGACGACUACCGCCUCGAGGUCCUUGGGUACAAGCCUUCCUUCCGGCGCGAGUUUUCAAAUCUUGCCACCAUCAGCUUUGCAUUCAGUAUCAUGGGUUUGUGUUCAAGUAUCGCCACCACUCUCAACACCCCACUGUUACUUGGAGGCCCUACUUCCGUUACUUGGUGCUGGUUACUUGGAUCAUGUAUGUGCUUCACCCUUGGGUCCAGCAUCGCCGAGAUAGUCUCUGCAUUUCCUACAUGCGGGGGCAUGUAUACGGCCUCAGCUCAACUCUGUCCAAAGUCCCAUCGCGCAAUCGUAGGCUGGAUCGUUGGUUGGUUGAACAUCCUUGGUCAGGUCGCAGGAUUAUCAUCAACAGAGUUCGGUCUCGCAAACAUGAUAUGGGGUGCAGUCUCACUGUCUCAUCCCACAUUUCAGCUCACACAAGGGAAGACCGUUGGUUUGUUUGCUGGCCUUCUUAUGGUCCAUGGACUCUUGAACUCCGUGGCGACACGCUACCUGGCCUUCGCUACCAGAGGCUUCGUCUUCGUGAACCUCGGUACAACUGUCGUUAUCAUCAUUGUUUUGCUAGCGACCACACCUCGUUCAGAGAUGCAUUCAGCCACCUACGUCUUCGGAACUCAAGGAAUUAUAAAUCAAACGGGGGGUUGGAAUAAUGGCAUCGCUUUUUUACUUGGUUUAUUGAGCGUACAAUGGACGAUGACGGAUUACGAUGCGACUGCUCAUAUUUCCGAAGAAGUUCGUCGUGCUGCGUACGCAGCGCCCGCUGCGAUAUUCAUUGCUGUCAUUGGGACCGGGAUAUUGGGAUGGCUAUUGAAUAUCGUCCUCAUGCUGUGUUCAGGUCCAAUAGAAAAUCUGCCAGGAAUAUCUGGAUCUGCAUUCUUGCAGAUCAUGGCUUUGCGCAUGGGCACACCUGUAGCCCUCUUCCUUUGGAGCUUUGUAUGCCUCACAGCAUUCUUCGUUUCACAAACGGCACUGCAGGCAUGUUCUCGUACUGUCUACGCUUUCAGUCGUGAUCAUGGUCUCCCCGACAAAGGAUUUUUCGGUCAUAUAGCGAAUUCUACCAGAACACCCCUGCGCGCUAUCUGGCUUACUACCGUCUUGGCCAUCAUUCCAGGUUUCCUCGAUCUAGCCUCCCCAGUUGCCGCGAAUGCCAUCUUUGCGCUUACUGCUAUUGCGCUCGAUUUGAGUUACAUUAUUCCGAUAUUCUUGCGUCGCCUCUACGCAAAUCACCCGGAUGUGAAUUUCCGCCCAGGACCGUUUUACAUGGGACCAGGUCUCCUCGGUUUAGCAGCAAAUGUCGCUUGCAUAAGCUGGACGCUUUUUGUCUGCGUCAUUUUCUCGCUGCCCACGGUAUUCCCUGUCACGAAGAUUAACAUGAAUUAUGCGUCCGUGAUCGCUGUCGGGGUUGUUUUUCUUAGUGGGGUGUGGUAUGUUCUCGGCGCGCAUCGACAUUAUCAUGGACCUACAUCCAACCUUGAUGCAGAAACCAAAGCUCGGCUCGGUUUGGAAGAAGUUCGACCCGACUCGUCAUCUACCAGUGAGAAAGAGAAAGAUGGUGUAUUGGUGUCUUUGAAUUCCGCGUAGUGUCGCCCUCUCAACGCUUACGAUUUGGGUACUUCUUUCUGCGCCUCUUUGUCUCCACGAACAUUAGAUAUGACAUGAUAUUGACGAGUGCUUGCAUUUCGAUUUGUUACUUCUCCUACGAGUCCUACCCUUUACAUUUGAAUAUGGAUUAAAAUAUGUGGCACCAUUAUGGCAUUAAGCCGUGCGGUUUAUGCGGACCGGUUUCUAACCAGGCGUCCCAGGCUAGUACUAUUGGUUACCACUUGCUCGUGCACACCACAUUUCGUGCAUCCCUCAAAAACAACACUUUUCCUACUACAAAAUGUUCAAACUACUACAUCUAUUUUAAAU